GAGCCGGGCGGGCGGGAAAGCGCCAGGUCCGCGGCUGUCCCGCCCCGCGCUGCUCCCCCAGCCGUGCCCCCCUCCCGCAACGUUUUUCAGCCGGCUGCCGCGCAGGCUCAGGCCGAGCCUCGCCCCUGCCUGCCUGGCGUCCUCCGCAGCUCGGCGGGGGCGGCACAGCAUGGCUCUACGGCUGCUGCUGGGCCGAGCGACGAGCUUUGGUUGGAAUUGCUUUGCUGCUGUAGCAAGGGGCUGCACAGUGUCCCAGCACCUGCCACUGGCUGCUGGGAGUAGACCACCCCAUCCAGAUGCUGCUGAGAGGAAGUUGAAACCCACUCCUGGGGGGAAAAUGUGUUUGUUAGAACAUGCCAGCAUACUGAUUAUCUUGACUGCUUCAAGUGGUUUAUAACCUUAUCAAGUUUGAGAGCCAAGAUAUACACUAGAAUACUGUUUCUUUCGGUAUCUGCUUCUAAGGUCUAAAAUUAAGAAAGUGCACUGACGUCUUAGGACUUUCUGCAUAUUGAAUAUUAAAUCUUUUUGUGCUCCUGCCCAGAAUGAAUGCUUCAUUCUCUAGGCCAGCUCCGCUGUGCAGCUCCUUGAGGAGAACUAGUUCUAAUGUGGAAGGAAAGUCUGAACCUAUACAGAAAUCCCCUAAAAAAUCAAAAUUACCAGUAGGUCGUCUUGAUGAACCAGAGGAGUCCAAUAGAGAGAGGGAACCACUGGAAAAAUUUCCAGAUGACAUCAAUCCUACUACAAAGGAAAAGGGUGGACCCAAAGGCCCUGAACCUACUCGUUAUGGAGACUGGGAGAGAAAAGGACGUUGUAUAGAUUUUUAAUGCAGAAAUGUAUCUAUAUUGCUAAUAGUAUGUUUGAUACUUGUUUAAAGAAUUUACUGUAGAUAGAGAAAUUUCGCCGAAUUGUUCCUUUUAAUUCUUAAAUGGAGCUGCUUUUUCCAACAUGUUUUUGAGGAAUAUCCUGAGGGAUGUUUUCUGCAAAUAAACAUUGUUAGUCAAUAUUAA